UUUGUCUGUUACUUCUACCUCCGCCCGCCCUUUCUCUCAGCGAGCACGCAAGCAGCACGAGGUUUAAAUUAGAAAAAUGGAUGGCGAAGAGUGUACUAACAUUAACGUGGAGGCGCCAUAUCCAAUACUGUUCAUACCAAAAGUGUGCACACAGUUGGAAACGCACUGCCAGUUGUCGGAAAACGUAUUCAUACACCUGAACAUCUCAUGCCCGGACACUUUCGGAAACGAAACAGUAAUAUAUCAGGGCUUCUGCAAUGUGAAGGUUUUGGAUGGUAAUGACAUCAACAUCAGGUAUGGAUCACCAGAUAGUUUAACAAGCAAUGACAACAUACCUCUGGUUCUGACUGAAGCAAACCAGAUAACAUUUCCUGCCUACAAUGAUUCUCAAGUAUGGAUAGACCCAGCAAGGAGUCCUUAUGUGUACAACCGUUGUGACUCACCGCCUAAAGAGUCCUACACUAUACGUGAGGCUCAUAACAACCACAUAACUAUUGAGCAGCACAACACAUACAUUACACAAAAUGUGUACCAGUACAAUGAAGCUAUUCGUUACUCUUCGGUGUGCGAAGAGCAGAAAGCAGUGGAGAAGAUACAAGAAAGUUCUCAGAAUCCAAAUGGUUACAACAUGUAUGAGGAAGAUGAGUUUGAAUGCGGAGUCUUUUUGUCUCAAUUGUCUGAAGAAAUUAUCCAUGAGAAGGAGACUAGGGCAAGAGAUGAGAGGAAAUUUAUUGGGUUGCAGACGGACAAUGAAGCACUGAAACAGCUGAUGUCUUCGGACAUACAGUCUGUGUCAAGGCAGCAGAAGACUAUACUGUUCUUAGGGCAUGAUUCAGAGUCCGGUCAGACGGUACAGAAUAUUGCUAUAAAUGAUCCAUCUUUGGAGUGCCGAGGUGCCCGUGCUAUGGAGACUGAAGUCACUGAGGAACCGGUGCCAGACGAGUCCAACACUAACUCAACAAACCCACGCGCAAAGAAGUAUCAGUGCAACAAAUGUAAACAGAUAUUUGAUCAACUGUCCGCCUUCAAGCAACACAUGGUCGGCAACCACCGGCUCUCAAACUUAUACGACGUCUCCUCAAACGUAAAGUUCAUGUGCACCGACUGCGGCAAAAAUCUAAAAAACCAAGAAAAGUUUGAGCAACACUGCCGCGGACACGGCGACCCCGAUCUAGAAUGCAACAAGUGCCAUAAAGUCUUCGCCUCAAAAUUUACUUUACGUAAUCAUCGCAAGAUACAUUCUCGGAUGUACCAGUGCAACUUCUGCACAAAAUCUUAUUCGACAUCACAGGAGUUGCAAUCACACACAACUAAAGCACACUUUUCCUUUAUGUGCGAAUGUUGUUCUUUCACUUGCGAGAAUUUAGCUGAUCUAACAGCUCAUCAAGAGAUUCAUAAACACGAGACACCUUCGGAAAUCAAUAAUUCAAAGAAUUCCAGUGAAUCUGACUUCGCUGAGACAGGAGGUCUGUUCGAAGAGAUCAGUGACUUCUCAUUGCCAGAAGACAUGGUAAAACGGGAGCAAGAUGAACGCAUCCAAACUGCUGACUCUGUGAUCGCUAAAGUGAUGUCCAACAAGAUAUUUCGAAGCAAUUCUACGAGCAGUAGUAAGAACAAGAAACUGCGGAAGUACAAUAAGACCUGCGAAGUAUGUUUGAAAAAGUUCGAUCGGAUCGGUGACCUCAAGAGACAUUUGAUCGAGCACGUCAUAAGAAGCACCCUCGCGAAGAACCCAGUCAACAAGUUCGGGGUCCUCAACAUCCGCUGCGAGAUCUGCCAGGAGAAGGUAUUCACUAAAAUAGACAGGUAUAAGGCUCACCUCAGGGAACAUGCCAAGCUCACCCUUUACAAAUGUACCUUCUGCGAUAAAUCCUUCAGUGAUUCCAGCAACUUCUCUAAACACAAGAAAAUCCACGGUACCACGUACUUCCAAUGUGACUUGUGUCAACGUAAGUUUAAUUCAAAGAAAAUGAUCACUCAACACAUGGAGUAUCAUAACAAUACAAAUCCUAUUCAGUGUCAGUAUUGUGACAAGGUGUUCCAUUUUGAAUCCAUGCUCAACAAGCAUAUUAGGUGCUCUCAUACUAAGAUGUCGACCACCAAGUUUAGGUGUAGGUUCUGCCGUAAUUAUUUCAAAAGUUUGAAGGAGAAAUGGGACCAUGAAUGGACCGUGCAUAAUGUCAGGAAGGCAAUCGUUGAUUGUCUGCUGUGUGGGUCUAGGUUCAGAAAGUAUGCUGAGCUAAAAAGACAUUGCACGGAUGAGCAUGACACCGCCAUACCGCAAGCAAAACGGUUACUAAGGUGGAAAAUGAAACGAAAAAUGCAAUUGCUCGACGAAAAUUUGUAAAUGGCUGGACCAGUUUACAUGCAAUAUUGAUUCUUAUUGCUUUUCUUUUGUAGUUUAGUUUUCUAUUAAUAUUUAUUUAUUUUAGUUGUCCUUUAUUGUUCGUGAUCAAACACUUUACUGUGUUGUGAUAUUUUAUUAGAUUGAUACUGUCUUGUUAUUCUUUGAGGUCUUAGGGUUGAUAUUCGUUUGCGAUUAUGAGUUUAUGAUAAACCUUUAUUAUUUUUUUAUUUUAAAUUCAUUGUGUAAUUGUAACCUGUGUACUAACUGAAGCCUUGGGGAAUAACAGACUUGAUAAGUAGAAUAGGUUUAUGAUUUUAAAUAUAAAGUUUUUUACUUUUAAAUUAAGGUGAGAUCAAGGUUGUAACUUGUUUAUUUUUAUAAGUAAAUGAAUUGUCGGUACAGCCGAAUUAGUAAGCAACUUCCUUACAAAAUCUUAAGUUUGGUGUCGAUUUUUGACUUCAGUUCUAUUGACUUUCUGUCAAAAACAUGGACUUAUUGAUUUUGAAUUGAGAUUGAUUAUUAAAGUCUGCCGUUUCUUUGACAACUCUAGUUAUUUUUCUUAAUUAACGAAUGGUCUCUAUUUAGUAUUUACAACGUAUUUAUUAAUAACUUAUUAUUAAUUUAUGAAUUAGUUAAGUUCGUAGUUGAUUCAGGCUGUGAGUCUGUGGAUCUCAAACUUUUUAUUUAUUUAUUUUUUAAGAUACAUUUUUGUUUAUUUUUUGAGUUUUUGUUGAUCUUUGUUUUGUCUUAGUUUAAUUUAUAGAUAUCAUUUAUUGUCUCGUUGAUCUUGUGGUAGCAAACACCACUGUUUAAGACGGAGUCUCAAAUUAUAUACGUGCUGAGUUAAAGGAUUAAUAACUGGAUUUUUGAAUUAGUACCUAGUCUGAAUUCAUGACAAUCUAGUUAGACAUAUAUGAUAGAAUCAAAAUCAGUAAAUCUUCUACGCAUUAUGAAAUCAUAAUUAUGAGAGCU